AUGGCACCCGGCAGCGAUACCACGGAUCAGUCCAAGAAACACCAUGAAAGGCUGCAUCUCAAGAUCCAGCCGCAUCCGCCCAAGUUCCCAUUCCAGUCCCACCCGUUCGACAUCGUCGUCUACCUUGUCGACGGCUCGGAGAACCUCAAGACAGGCAUCGUCAUGGCGCUCAAGGUGGACCUCUUAGUCGGGGACAAGCCCAUGUCAUCAAGUACCAAGCCGCUCGUGACGAUCGAUCCGUCGACAAAACCCAUCAUUAACGGCGACGGCAUGUGUCGCCUCACGCUGUCGAUCGGGGAAACGUCCAUGACGCACGGCAACAAGAAGUUCCAGUUCCUCCUCACGCCUGUCGGCAGCGACUUUGAGGUCGCGCCGGUCAUGUCCACCGACAUGACAUGCAUCCGCCACCGCCUUAUGAUCCAAGAAGAUCUACCCGAGCUCUGGUACAAGGACGAAGGCGGACGCGACAAGUGCAUGCCCCUUCCCGUGCACCUCGUCGACGCGACCAACCAACCCGUGGGCCACCGCGCGGUGCCGCUCCGCGUCACGCUCCUGUACGAGAACGAACAUGCAGUGCUCAAGCAAGACAUUUUAAAGCUGUCCCCAGACUCCCAGCGCGUGAUUGACAGCACUGGCAUGGCGCUGUUGAAGCUUCGCAUUGAAGACGUGAGCAAGAAUCACCAAGGGCAAGCGUUCCGCCUUAAAGUAGAGCCCGACACGACGCAAUCCCCUCUGCAUUUCGACGUCGCGCCCGACUGGAGCACCCCCAUCUCUGUGCGCUCAAAGCGCAACAAGCGGCGGAAUGGCGGCGGCACGUUGUCGCAGCAUCAUGCACCUACUUCGUCACACAUUGACCCACUCGAGUCUCCUCGAGGUGGCGGCGGCGACUCUCACCACCAUCACAUCACGCAUCCGUCGUCGUCGUUUGACAUGGAGUCUUCCUCUCGUCCAGCCAAACGCUCCAACAGCAUGGUUGUGCCAUCGAGUUCCCCAACGCAUCAUCAUGGAUCGUCGUCGUCGUCGUCGGCGCUGCAUCCGUCCAUGGAAAGCAUCUUGCGAUGGACAACGUCGGUGAUCCACGGGUUUCAGCAACUGGAGUGGCAACCGAUCGGGUACGAAGUGCGGCUCGACGGCAGCCAAGACAAGGACCGCCCGAUCUUCCGAUGCCCGGCCUGCUGGCGGUACAAGGACACGAUGACGAUGGACUCGCAACAACAUGAGAGCAAGUGCCUCAUUGCGAACGUGCUGCUCACGUACGCUUCCGACACGGUGGGCCAUCUCGACGCGCUGCUUAAGUUGACCGAGAAGUAUGGCACGGCGUCCAGCAUCCCCCCAGCGCCAGCGCUGCCAGUCUCCACGCAGUCGUUGGGGCCGCCGCCACUUACACGAGGAAUCACAGAUAUGGUCAACAGCAUUGAAGUGCCGCCGUCGCUCUUCCGAGGCUCGUCGGGUGGCCUCUCCGAGUUCAUGAUGGGCGAGACUGGAAAUAAUGCCGCGGGUGGAGGAGGAGGAUAUGCAACGUCGACCGAGAUUGCGCAAGCCAUCGAACGACAAGUGUAUUGCGUCUUGGCGAGAACGUUCAUCGUGGAGUCGUCAAAUCGCGCGGUGGGGCUUCCUGCGUUUGACAGAGCGAUCAACCUGCUCGGGUUCUACGAGGAAGCGCUCAACGGCGUGACCCAGAUCAACUUUGUCCCGAUGAACGACGUCCCGGGACUGACGACGCAAGACGUGAACCAGUGCCGACACAGCGUCUUUGCAGAAAUGAAGGUCCCUACUACCACCAAAGCGAUCUUCCAAGUCGACAUGUUCAACAGCCUCACCGAGAUGAAGGAGAAGGUUUUUUUCUACGUGUGGGAGAACAAGCCGCAACAACAGCAACAACAGCAGCAGCAGCAGUCCAGCCAGCAGCCUCCCCGAGGGCACUGGGCCGUCUAA